AUGGAACAGCUUAAUAAAAAGGUCGUUAUAGUAGGUGCCGGCCCAGCUGGUCUACUCCUCGCACUUCUGCUGUCCAACGAGGGGAUACCCGUCCAAGUCCUAGAAGCCGAUACUGAGAUCGAGAGAACCCCCCGAGGUGCGUACUACGGCACAGGCGCGAUCCAAGAUUUGCAGAAAGUAGGGAUACUGGACGAAAUCCGUCAACGCGGCUUCACCCCAACCGUCUUUAGCUGGCGGUGGUACAACGAGAACUACGACGUCAUCUCGACCUUUGAUACCAACGUCAUUUCAGACGUUGACGGCGUUGAUCUGCGGACCGUGUGCCUGCCGCAGCAGGACCUUUUGGAAAUCAUGCUGCGCCGCGUACAGGAGAACAGUUCCGCAACAGUCAAUUUUGGUCACAAGGUUGUCGACAUCGGACAGGAUGAGCAGACGGCGUGGGUAGACGUUGAGCUGGACGGUCACGAAUCCGCCAGGAGGAUCACGGCGGAUUACGUCGUCGGCUGCGACGGCGCCCGUAGCCUCGUGAGAAAGAAACUGUUCGGAGACGAGUUUCCAGGCCACACUUGGGACCUGCAGGUCGUGUCGAACGAUCUGUACUACAAUGUCACGGACAAGUUUGGUUGGGGGGACGCCAACUUUGUGAUUGACCCAGUCAACUUCUUCGUUGCUGCAAAGCUAACCAUGGAUGGCCUCUAUCGUAUUACAUACGGAGAACCUGCGGACUUGCCCGCGGAGGAGGUCAAAGAGCGAUGCGGCAAGCGCCUGGAAGAGAUCCUCCCAGGACAUCCGAAGCCAGACAGGUACAGCGUCCUACGCGUCGGAGUAUACGCGAUUCACCAACGUUGUGCGCCGUCGUUCCGCGUCGGACGCAUCUUGCUGGCUUCUGACGCCGCUCACCUCUCUAACCCCAUGGGCGGGCUCGGCGUCACGACGGGCUUCGCUGAUGUUGGCGGUUUGAGCCAAUGUUUGGGCGGCAUCUGGAAAGGGUUGGCCGAUUCGUCUAUUCUGGACUUGUACAGCGAAAAAAGGCGGCAGAAGUGGGCUGAAGUGACCAACGUAGUCACGACGGACAACCUCAAGAGGGUUACUCGCCGGUACGACGAGGAAACUCACCCGACGGCCGAGUGGGUGGCAGCGCUCAGGCUGGUGGAAAAUAAUGACCAAAUCCGCAAGGAAUUCCUGAUGGAGCGAUUGGGUCUCAGGUAUGACUUCACCCAGCACUACCACAACGCGAAGAAGCAGGGAAGCCAGGAUGGGAAUGCAAUGCAGUCGGUUGUGGCGUAA